CAUGCUUUGCCAUGUUGGCUCUGUAACAGCUGUUAAAUGUUUUUAACCUUCCACAUCAAAGAUUUGUUUCAGUGAAACAGACUUUAUUUUAUUAAGUUCGUUUUAUAAAUAAUACAAAAAUGGUUUUAGCAGAUUUAGGAAGAAAAAUUACGGAUGCGUUGCGUUCAUUGAGUAAUGCUACAAUUAUAAAUGAAGAAGUUUUGGCGUCUAUGCUGAAAGAAGUAUGUGCUGCAUUAUUAGAAGCUGAUGUAAAUAUUCGUCUAGUAAAAAAGUUACGUGAAAAUGUCAGAGCUGUUAUUGAUUUUGAUGAGAUGGCUGGGGGGCUUAAUAAAAGACGAAUGAUACAGAGUGCUGUUUUUAAAGAAUUAGUAAAACUUGUUGAUCCAGGUGUGAAGGCAUUUCAACCUACUAAAGGAAAGCCGAAUGUUAUUAUGUUUGUCGGUCUUCAAGGUUCAGGAAAAACUACUACUUGUACUAAACUAGCUUAUCACUAUUUAAAAAAAAAUUGGAAAGCCUGUCUUGUAUGUGCUGAUACAUUCCGUGCUGGUGCCUACGAUCAAUUAAAACAGAAUGCAACUAAGGCGAGGAUUCCAUUUUAUGGAAGUUACACUGAAAUUGAUCCUGUUGUUAUUGCUCAAGACGGUGUGGAUAUGUUUAAAAAAGAAGGGUUUGAAAUAAUUAUUGUUGAUACCAGUGGCCGACAUAAGCAGGAAGAAUCUCUCUUUGAAGAGAUGUUACAAGUUUCUAAUGCUAUUAGACCAGAUAAUAUUAUAUUCGUGAUGGAUGCCACAAUAGGUCAAGCUUGUGAAGCCCAGGCAAAAGCCUUCAAGGAAAAGGUAGAUGUAGGAGCUGUAAUCAUUACCAAGUUGGACGGGCAUGCAAAGGGUGGUGGUGCCCUUAGUGCGGUUGCAGCUACAAAUAGUCCCAUUAUAUUUAUUGGUACUGGAGAACAUAUUGAUGAUCUUGAACCGUUUAAAACAAAACCCUUUAUAAGUAAACUUUUGGGAAUGGGUGAUAUAGAAGGUCUCAUUGAUAAAGUUAAUGAACUAAAACUUGAUGAUAAUGAAGAAUUAAUUGAAAAAAUUAAACAUGGUCAGUUUACUAUGCGAGAUAUGUAUGAACAGUUCCAAAACAUCAUGAAAAUGGGACCAUUUUCUCAGAUUAUGGGAAUGAUUCCUGGAUUUAGUCAGGACUUUUUGUCUAAAGGCAGCGAGCAAGAAUCAAUGGCCCGUCUCAAAAAACUCAUGACAAUUAUGGACAGUAUGAAUGAUGGAGAACUGGACAAUAAAGAUGGAGCUAAGUUGUUUUCUAAGCAGCCUGGGAGAGUAAUAAGAGUGGCACAGGGUUCUGGGGUCACAGAAAAAGAAGUUAAAGAUCUUAUUACCCAGUAUACUAGAUUCGCUGCUGUUGUGAAAAAAAUGGGUGGUAUCAAGGGCUUGUUUAAGAAUGGAGAUAUGGCCAAAAAUGUUAAUCAGGUCCAAAUGGCAAAACUUAAUCAACAAAUGGCAAAAAUGAUGGAUCCUAAGGUUCUUCACCAAAUGGGCGGGAUGCCAGGAUUACAAAAUAUGAUGCGGCAACUUCAGCAAGGAGCCAGUGGUGCAACUGGAGGUCUGAGUAAUCUGUUAGGAGGGAAAUAGAAACCAAUCUGCUAAAACAUAAAAUCUUUCCCUCUCUGAUGAGUCUUCAAACAUGACUACAUUAUUUCAGUGAAAGGAGAAUUGAAUUGUUACUAAAGUGUGCAAAGUGUAUAUAACAAUCAUUCUAAAUAAUUUUUUAUUUUAUUUUAUUUUUUUUACCCUCUCCUGAAGAUAUCGAAUAAUUUACUUUCACGAAAUGGUUAGGUAUGAUUGUGUAAGAGUUAAUAAUAUUUUUUUACAUUUUUAUGGAUUUUUAUUUGUAUGUAUUAAAUCAUGCAUAAUAGCAUUAUUGCUGAGUAUCAUGUGUUUUCAACCAAUUUUAUUAUUAAUACCCUCUGGUCUUUUCUUCUUUAGCUCAACGUUCAAAUAAAAGUUUUUUUGUUUUUUUUAAGAAAACAUAACAUUGAUAAACUACGGUAUAGGAUAUAGACUGUAAUCAUAUUGUGAUAAUAGCAUGUAUGUUGCGAAACAUUUUUGUUAAAAUAGUCAAUAUUCAUUAAUCACCUUAGAUGAAGUGCCUUUUGGUUUGUUUUUUUACCAACAUUUAAAUGUAUUAUACUACUAAAAAGGAAAGUACUUUGUUUUUUAGAUUUCUACUCCAUGUUGGUUUGUCUAAUAAUUUAAAAGUAUGACACAUGUAAAUUUUUAUCUUGUUAUAGUCAUUAGAUUUUAAAUUUUGUUAGAAAGUGUGAAAUUACAAUUAUAUCUAUUACUAAUAACUUUUUGAAAACAGAAAAAAAAAAGAUUAUUUAAAAUAAGGGUAUUCAUAAUAAAAAAAGAAAUGGAAAAAGAUGUAUGAAAAACUAAUAAUUUGAAAAUGAAGUAAUAAUUUAUAGUUGAUAUACC